ACGUCCACGGAGACAGUAGUACGCGUAUACAGAAUACAGAUUGUUAUUGUUAUUAUUAUUAAUUUAAGUAUAUCAAAAUAUCUGAGGCCUUGGGCCUUUUUUUUGAUUUUGGUGUUUUAAUAUUAUCGUAUACAUUUAAUUUGUACUCGGCAAUCGGCACUUUUGUUUAACUAUUAACCGAAUGUACGCAGGUUUAAGUCAAAACUAAAAUAAACACUAUCAUUCCCUUCUAGAGAGCUUACACACACACACGAAUUGCUCUUUGGCAUUGGCGUUCGGUUUGCGACCGACUUAAUCGGUUCAAUAUUGUUUUUUCUCCAUCCGUCACUGAAAACAUAUUAAUUUGUAAUAAUUUCAAAUAUCAUUACUAAAUGUUAUUGUGUAGACUGUACAAAAGCGAUUAUCGUAAGUGCCCGCCGUUCCAUCCGUACUGAUUAAUGGUCAUUAGCAAGACCUGUCCGCUUUGUCAUAUUCAUAAUUAUUGUCUCAACUUAAAUGGAUUGCGUUUGAACAACACAUGCAAGCAAUACAAUGAAUAUCGGCAGAACCAACCCCCACGGCAACGGCUUGCUAUUUGCCGGCUUCAAUCAAGACCAAGGAUGUUUUGCUUGCGGAAUGGAUAAGGGCUUUAGAGUAUACAACUGUGAUCCGUUAAAAGAAAAAGUGCGACAAGACUUUCCUGAAGGCGGCUUAGCAUUUGUUGAAAUGCUUUUUAGAUGUAAUUAUUUAGCGAUGGUUGGUGGCGGCACGUCACCAAAGUACCCGACAAAUAGAGUCGUUAUUUGGGAUGAUCUGAAAAAAGACACAGUGAUCACAUUAGAAUUUAAUACACACGUUUUGUGUGUACGGCUGAGAAGAGAUCGAAUAGUUGUCGUUCUCGAAGGAGUUAUCAAAGUGUAUACAUUUACGCAGACGCCACAACAACUUCACGUGUUUGAAACUCACGCAAAUCCUAAAGGUUUGUGUAUGUUGUGUCCAAACAGUAACAACUCCUUAUUGGCUUUUCCUGGUAGAAAAAUGGGACACGUUCAAUUAGUUGAUUUGGCUGAUACAGAUAAACCACCACUUGACAUUGCAGCACAUGAAACACUCUUAGGGUGUAUUGCACUUAAUUUACAAGGAACAAGACUGGCUACAGCUUCUGAAAGAGGUACAUUAAUACGUGUCUUCGAUACAAAGUCCGGAAACAUGCUGUAUGAAUUUCGGAGGGGUACUAACACGGCACAAAUUUAUUGUAUUAAUUUCAAUGCCGAAUCUACCAUGAUGUGCGUGGCUAGCGACCAUGGUACAAUUCAUAUAUUUGCUCUCGAAGAUCAAAGUCUGAACAAGCAGUCCAGUUUGGCAUCUAACUUUUUACCUAAAUAUUUUAGCUCCAGUUGGAGUUUUUGUAAAUUUCAAGUGCCUAACGGACCACAGUGUAUUUGCGCGUUUGGCACGGAAAACAACUGCAUAAUUGUUAUUUGUGCUGAUGGAAACUAUUACAAGUUUGUGUUUAACCAAAAAGGAGAAUGUUGGCGAGAUAUUUGUGCUCAGUUUCUAGAAAUAACCGACGACAAUAACGUUAUUAGUUGAUGUCAAACCUAGUUAAUUUAUUGUAUGUUUGCUUUUACCCUAUGAAAAAAUCAAACAUUGGGUAUGAUAUUCCAUAUCAUGAUAUUAAGAGUAUUAUUUAUAUUUUUCUAGAUAGUUAAAUUUUAUUUUUAAAUAAUACAACUAAUUUAUUAUAUAUUGUAAAAAAAAAAAUACCAAACUUAUAGUUUAUUGCCUAGUAAUUUUUUUUUUU